CCAAUAUUACUGGGUUUAUUGUAACUGUGGGGAAAUACGUGAUUUGCCAUGGGACAUGAAAGUGUGAGGUAUUUUUGGAGACUAAAGCUGUUUGAUUAACUACUAAUUAAAUGGAUGAGGAUGGUGUUGGUUCCUCUCCUUGUUUGAGGACAUUAAGUGAGUGUAUUUUGAGACAGUUAGGCAGACACAGUUGAAAUGGCAAAGCACAGGUGCAAACACACAUAAACACACACACACACACACACACACACACAUAACCACUCGCUUUGUCGCCCCAUCAACCUAAAUGAAACAUGUCAAAAAAGGGAAAGAGGAGGCUCUGGCUGCUUGAUGGAUGGUUGUCAGGUUGCUUUUGUGUUGUGCGUGUGCGUGUGCGUGUGCGUGUGCGUGUGCGUGUGCGUGUGCGUGUGUGUGUGGAGAUGGAGAUGGAUUCACUUCAUUAGCUCUCAUAAUCAAGGAGUGGCUCCGGGUGUGCAUUUGUGCAAGACAAAUAAAGCCAAGAGCGAUAAAGAGUGAUGGGAUGGGAUUUUGUCUUAAAAGCAAACAGUGGUACAUUAGGGAUAUUAGAAAGAAAAGCGUUAUGAGCCUCAUGAAUUCAAUGCAACAAGCAAAGCACUUUGACUUCCUGCUUCCUGGGUGACUUUUCACACCAGGCAGGCAGUCUCAGGCGACUGCAAAAAAAAGUACUAACCAUUGAUUGAUGUCGGUGGGAUUGUCUGCAUAGAUGCCUUUUCAUUAGCAUGUGGUAAAAGCAUCCUUCGACCCGAGCCUGCUGGGCUCUGAGAGAGAGCUGAAUAUUAAUGCAUUUAAGUCCUUUUUUGCUUUGUGUGAUUUUUGUUGUUGUUGUUUUUUAUGUUUUUCAGGUUCGACUGGUUCUGGACAAGCUGUAUGAAAACAAAAAGAUAGCCAGUGCCACACAUAACAUCUAUGCAUACCGGAUAUACUGUGAGGACCGAAACACCUUCCUGCAAGACUGUGAGGAUGAUGGUGAGACUGCUGCUGGUGCAAGACUGCUUCAUCUUUUACAGAUUCUGGAUGUUCAGAAUGUGAUGGUCGUAGUCACUCGCUGGUACGGGGGCAUUCUGCUGGGGCCGGAUCGGUUCAAGCACAUCAACAACAGUGCCAGAAACCUCCUGGUCCAGGAGGGCUACACUGAGAGUCCGGUAAGAUAUUCUAUUACGGUGCAUGAAAGUAAUCAUCAAAUCAUUAAAUCAUCAAAGGAAACAGAAGGCCACAAUAGCCAUGUUCUGGUCCUUGAAGAAGAGACAACAAUACAACAGCAAGUGAAAGUUUAACAAGAAAAUUACUGUCUUUGUUACAACUGCAGCUGCCGGUAUUCAUUAAUCAAUAUUGAGCCAACAGAAAGCACUCUUUGAAGUAAAGAGCCCUUGCAUCAUUAUGUUUCAGAACCAAUGAUGAUAUACUGUACCCCUUGAUACACCCUUGCUGGAGCAUGAUAUCUAUCCCUGCCAGCCGUGAAAUAUGGCAUAUGGCAAUCUAUGGCAUAACGGUGCUUAAUAUGACUGCCGCAUAAUGUGAGAGAAGUGAAAUAACAAGAUAUUAUCCGUUUCAAGAAAGAUUACGUUUGUGGCAACGAUAGACAAAAUAUUUUGUUGUAUAUCUUAUUCUGAGUGAAGAUUUAAGGAGCUAUAGUUUGUGGAUUUAGCACCUGUGAGUUAUAUUCUGCAGUUCUGCGACCUGUAGUGAAUAUGAGGAGGAGUGGGAAUUUUAUAACACAUAUAUUCUUGUGCUAAAGUUGAGGAUUUAUACAUAAGUAACAAUAUGAGCAUCAUUGUAUAAAGGAACUUGGCAUAACAAGGUUUUGAAAAUAUGCAUGUAUAUAGAAAAUGUAGGAUUAUUAGUUUAAGAAUAUAUUUUAAUACAGUACUAAAUGUGGAGCAAAUGUUACACAUUGGCAUACAGGUAUUGGCACUUAUAACAGAACAAGGGUAUACACUAUCAUAAUAAUUGGUUUCAUAAAAAUAGCCACUCAUUGCCGAUCAUCUGAGUCCAAGCAGAGGUAUGAACUGCCCCAAAUAUCGAAAGGUUGAAUGAUUUGACCACUUCAACAGGUGAAAGAGGACCAUUUAAAUUUUUCAUUAAACAUACUAUGCCUUUGUCUCUCCUCCAGUCUGUCUAAGAGCCCUUUUCCCUUUUUUGCAGAAUGAGAUUUGCAAUCUUUUCUAUAUCAACAAGACUCAAUUAAUAGAUGAGGUUGUGAGUUGUUAAAAGACCAACUCUGCAAACAGUAACCUGGAAAGAACUUUGGCUUUUUCUAAAUGUUUAUAUAGCGGUCUUAAAAUGAACAGCCGCUGGUUUACGCACUAGAUGUUAGCUGAAACAAACUAAAAACAAUCUAAAUUUGGGAAAGGAGUCAACAUGCAAACACUUCAAUAAUGUAAAUUCUGCAAACGGGCAAUGGAAGACCUGCCUCUGUAAUACAUUUUUUUACCAACUCUAGCAUUGGUGAGAUGGAUCUUAUGUGACCUCAUUAAAUCCAUGUGACAGUUUCACUGAAGAGAGCCUUUGAGUGCUAUUGCUACACAGCAUGCCAACCGAAUUAUCACAAGAGCUGCCGCUGUUCAGACUUACUUUUGUGUCUGUGCACCGAACUCUCUUUAGCUUUAUUAUCAAGGCCGAUGGAUGUAGUCACAUCCUCCAAUACCCUUAUAGUUACCAAUUAAAUGUACGCAACAUGAAUGUGACACGAACAAAACUUUCUUUGUGAUAGUAAAGAUAGAAAGCAUGUAACACCCCCCCACCCCCAAACACUUCACCUUUUCAAAUUUGCCACCCUGAAAUUGCUCCUGUUCUAUAUUGAGAGACGAGAUACAGCGAAACAUACCUCCAUCAGGCUGAUGUCUGCCCUCUUGUUCUCCCAGCUCCACCAUGCUGGGUCGUCUGAUUGUCAGCCUGCAUGCUAUACUAUGCCACCAUGUGCUGGCAUGUUGGUACCCAGCAUGAGUCGUGCGCCAGAAACAUGCACAGGAAAUGAAAAAAAAUUAGCUGUUGCUUGCCCCCCCACCACCACCACCACCAAGGAAACCCUUAACUUAAUGUUGUUGUGGGAGGUUUAAUAUGCACAUGUGGUCAGCACAGCACAGCACAGUGUGAUAGGCCGAAAUCCCCCCAGAAGUCUUACUGCGGCUUACAUUGUCAUCAGGCUGCAGUGACACAGGUAGGCUAUUUGGCAGGCAGAAGGUCAUAGACAGCAGAAAAGCAGACAGUGAAAAGCUGACAGGUAAGAGCAGGUGUUACACAGCGCUUGGCUCUGUGAAAGGAAGCCCUAAAAGCACCAUUAGUCUUGAAUUACAGUGUGUAGAGAGCCAAGCAGUACUGCAGCCUGAGCUGAUUGUAGGGGUAAUUUCAGUCACAAGAAGCUAGAGAUCUCCUCACUCAGGAAUAUAUUCCUGUCCAGCCCCAACAUAUCAGAGAGAAAAAAGGGCUUCUGUGUGAAAUGUCUCUAUACCAGUAGGAUAAUACAACCACACGUAAUCACAGUAUUAUAAUUACUUCCACAUGAAAAGGCUUUGGCUUUCAGUGUUUCAAAG